AUGGCAGAUUUGGCAGAAUGUUUCAUCGCCACCGGCAGUAACUUUCACCGUAACGAUUUUCUUCUGUGCUAUUACAUCACACGUGAAGAAAUAUCGACCAAUAAGAUGCACCUAAAUAUCAAAAAACUAUCGACACGUAUAAAAAAGAAAUUGGUUCCUGCGGCGUAUUUGGCAAGAUUCACGGACAACUAUUAUAUUAACCGAGUAAAACAUCCAACUUUUUAA